CAUGUACAAUGCAUUUGUAUAUCGUAUACAAUAAGCAAGAUUAAACUUAAAAAAAAAGUUUUUGUACAACAUAAAAUAUAUAUGAAACUGUUGUCUAAAGUUUUAGCUGCAAAAAGAUAUUUGGUAGAAUCAAAACUGUUUGAAGAUAAUAGUUUCUAAAUAAAAACUCCGCAAGGUCGUUUAAAAAAAACUAUUCAAAUUUGUGAAGAGAGCAUCUGUGUGAAGAGAGCAUGUUAACAAAAUUAGAAUUUUAAGUCCGUAAAAACUUAUGACGGUGGAACUUGGUUAAUACUUAAAGAUAAAUGUCCUUCAAAAAAAAAAUUUACCUCAAAUAUAUCACUUGUAUAAUCCAUACUUGGUUCUUAUCUAAGACCAAUUCAAUAAAACACGAUACUCUGACAGAUAAUGUUAACAUGGUGUGUCCUUCAACAUUUGAAACUUUUCAAGGCAGUUUUGUCAAUCGUAUUGCAGCAUAUUCUUUCGAUACUCAAAAUGGAAACUAUCAAAUGGAAGGUUUUAUUAAAAGUAUUGAUCUUUCACCUUCAAACCUUCCCAACAAUUCUUUCAAUUCAAGUAAUGGUAAUGGAUACAUCUAUGCUGUUGGUAAUGGAAAUAACAAACUUCUUAUAAGCUUAACUGGAAACUCGUAUACAGAUAUAGAGAAUUUUGACAUUCUUAUAUCUAUGGCAUACGAAAUUAAAAAUGGAAGCUAUAAUUUGACAUUGACAAGUUAUCACGAGAAUAGUUCUCCAUAUUAUGUACAAAUUACUAAUUCAUCCUCAUAUAUGUGGCACAUUUAUAAUGCAAGAUUUCCAGUCAAUGGUAGUUUCAUUUUGAAUAUUUAUGGUUCUGGGUUUGGCCGAUUAGAUGAUAUAUGCUUAUUUCAAGUUUGUUCUGAAGGCUAUGCAUUUGAUUAUUCAGUUGAUAAAUGCAAAGCAACAUCUCUGCAGCCUUUUAACACUACCACAAUGCAAUCUUUGAUAACAAAAGCAACUGAAGCUCUAACAGCAACAACAACUAAAGAUCUAAUAAUAUCUAUGACAUAUCGACUUGUUGAGAACAUCGCCACUCCAUUGGUUAAUGGAAAGAUACUUGCUGUUUUACCAUCAAUUGAAAAAGAAUACUUAGUAUCAUUUGAUUUCUAUCCAAACUCAAUUCCUAAUGAUAUGUUUUAUGCUGUUAUUCGUUUAACUAAUACUACAGGAAUUAAUUAUGCUAGUAAUGGGUAUCAUAUUCCUGGCAUUUAUUUAUUUUCAAGCGGUUAUUUGCAAAUUGCUAGUUCUCUUAAUGGCAAUGGAUUUGGCUUCUUUAAUACGUAUCCUAUUUCAGUAAAAGAAUGGAUAAAUAUAGAAAUAAGCCAGAUACUGAUAUGUGAAGAUUAUGUAUAUAGAAUUAAACUAAAUGGUAAUUAUGUUUAUUUGCAAAUCAAUCAUCAAUCUCAAAGAUUUAAAAAUGUUACAGUAUAUGCUUCAGAUUUUUCAUGGCCAACAGAUGGGUUAAUCAAAAAUCUAUAUGUUUCUACUGGUAAUGCAACAACAUUAACUGAACCUCCAAACACUGUUGCGAUGAAAUCUACAACAAUAACUACAGUUAAAGCUCCAACAACAACAAGUAGUACUGAUGCUCCAACAACAAGCAAAACUAUAAAUUUUAUAACCACUACUGAUGAUCCAAUAAUAUCUACAUUUUAUUGGCUUGUGAAGAACUUUGCAACUCCGUUGGUUAAUGGAAAGAUUCUUACUGUUCUAUCAUCAAUUGAAAAAGAAUACUUAGUAUCAUUUGAAUUCUAUCCAAACUCGUUUCCUCCCAAUGGUUUUUAUUCUAUUAUUCGUUUCACUAAUAUUUCUGAAUCUGAUGACAUUGAAUAUAAUGUUUCUAGUGUUUAUUUACAUUCAAGUGGGAGCUUGCUGAUUGCGAGUUCCAUGAAUGGAGAUGGUUUUAGAUACUUUAACACAGAUGCUAUUAUUUUAAAAAAUUGGAUAAUUAUAGAAAUAAGUCAAGUAUUGAAAUGUGGACAAUAUGUUUAUACAAUUAAAUUAAAUGGUGUUGUUGUAUAUGUAGAACUUAACUAUCAAUCUCAAAGGUUUAACAAAAUUAGAGUUUAUGCUGCAGAUAUUACAUUACCAACAGAUGGCUAUAUAAAAAACUUAUAUGUUUUUAAUGGAAAUACAAAUCCAUGUUAUUAUAAGAAUUGCUACACUUCAAGUUAUUGCAGUGUGGUGUCAGGUAUUGCUGUGUGCUCAUGUCCAAAUGGAUUCAAACUGCAGUCUGAUACCACAACAUGUGUACAUGAUCCAUGUUAUUAUAAAAAUUGCUACAAUUCAGAUUAUUGCAGCGUGGUUUCAGGUAUUGCUCUGUGCUCAUGUCCAAAUGGAUACAAACUGCAGUCUGAUAACACAACAUGUGUACAAGAUCCAUGUUAUUUUAAGAAAUGCUACACUUUAAAUUAUUGCAGUGUAGUAUUAGGUAUUGCUAUGUGCUCAUGUCCAAUUGGAUUUAAGCUGCAGUCUGAUAACAUAACAUGCUUACAGGAUCCAUGUUAUUUAAAGAAUUGCUACACUUCAAAUUAUUGCAGUGUGUUAUCAGGUAUUGCUGUGUGCUCAUGUCCAAUUGGAUUCAUACUGCAGUCUGAUAACACAACAUGUAUACAAGAUCUAUGUUAUUAUAAGAAUUGCUACAACUCAACUUAUUGCAGUGUGGUGUCAGGUGUUGCUAUAUGUUCAUGUGCAAUUGGAUUCAAACUGCAGUCUGAUAACACAACAUGUGUGCAAGAUCCAUGUUAUUAUAAGAAUUGCUACAAUUUAACUUAUUGCAGUGUGGUGUCGAGUGUUGCUAUGUGUUCAUGCCCAAUUGGAUUGAAACUGCAGUCUGAUAACACAACAUGUGUACAGGAUCCAUGUUAUUAUAAGAAUUGCUACAAUUCAAAUUAUUGCAGUGUGGUGUCAGGUGUUGCUAUGUGUUCUUGCCCAAUUGGGUUCAAACUGCAGCCUGAUAGCACAAUCUGUGUGCAAGAUCCAUGUUAUUAUAAGAAUUGCUACUCAUCAAAUUAUUGCCGUGUUAUGUCAGGUUAUGCUGUGUGCUCAUGUCCAAUUGGAUUAAAACUGCAGUCUGAUGGCAUCACUUGUGUUCAGGAUCCAUGUUAUUAUAAGAAUUGCUACAAUUUAACUUAUUGCAGUGUGGUGUCGAGUGUUGCUAUGUGCUCAUGUCCAAUUGGAUUCAAACUGCAAUCUGAUGGCACAACAUGUGUACAGGACCCAUGUCAUUAUAAGAACUGCAACACUUCAAACUUUUGUAUUGUGGUGUCGGGUAUUGCUGUCUGCUCAUGUCCAAACGGAUUAAAACUGCAACCUGAUGGCAUCUCAUGUGUAGAGGAUCCUUGUUAUUUUAAGAAUUGCUACACUUUAAGUUAUUGCAAUGUAGUAUCAGGCUACGCAGUGUGCUCGUGUCCAAAUGGAUUCAAACUGCAAUCAGAUGGCAUAACAUGUGUACUCGAUCCAUGUUAUUAUAAGAAUUGCUACAAUUUAUAUUAUUGCAGUGUUGUGUCAGGUUAUGCUGUGUGUUCUUGUCCAAUUGGAUUCAAAUUGCAGCCUGAUAACAUAACAUGUGUACAAGAUCCUUGUUAUUAUAAGAAUUGCUACAAUACAACUUAUUGCAGUGUGGUGUCAGGUGUUGCUAUGUGUUCAUGUCCCAUUGGAUUCAAACUGCAGUCUGAUAACACAACUUGUGUGCAAGACCCAUGUUAUUAUAAGAGUUGCUACACUUCAAAUUACUGCAGUAUUGUGUCAGGUUAUGCUAUGUGCUCAUGUCCAAUAGGAUUCAAACUGCAGUUUGAUAACAUAACAUGUAUACAAGAUCCAUGUUAUUAUAAGAAUUGCUACACCUCAAAUUAUUGCAGUGUGGUAUCAGGUUUUGCUGUGUGUUUUUGUCCAAAUGGAUUCAAUCUUCAGUCUGAUAACAUAACAUGUGUAAAAGCUUCCUUGUUUUCAAUCGAACUUUUUAACAGCAAAACAGCUGUUAUCGUUAUAGCAACACUAGGUGUUGUUUUAUUUGUUUUUAUUGUAAUUUUUGCUGUUACUGUUGUUUUAUUUAAAAAAAAAAAAAAAUCUCAACUACCAAUGGCCAACGCAUUUCUUCAAACUAUUGAAUAUAACAAUCAAGUAACAUCUCAUGAAACAAUAGCAGAUGAAUGGGAGAUAUAUCCAGAAUGCUUCCUAAUUGAUAAAAAAAUUGGUGGUGGCGCAUAUAGUACUGUUUUCAUGGUAAAAAUAAAUGCAAAGAUUCUUUCUAAAACAAAACAUGCAAAUCGAUCCAUAGCUUCUCUACCUGCCCUCAAUAAAAAUUGUAGAAGUAAUGUGGCAGUUAAAUUUUUAAAAGCUGGUGCUAGUCAACUAGAAAUCAAUGAUUUUAAGGAAGAAAUAAAUAUCAUGAAAAAAAUUGGAUAUCACCAUAAUAUAUUGAAUAUGCUUGGUUGUUCUACUGUUAAAAAACCUUUAUGCUUAGUAACAGAAUACAUGGAGAAUGGUGAUUUGUUGCAGUUUUUAUGUGACAGACGUACUACACUUCAAGUUCAGAAUGACGAAAGCAUUGUUUACGCAUCAACCUAUCAACGAUCUCUUGAGAGACCAAUAACUACAAAUUCUACAACAGAAGCAAUAUAUCAUGACAUUCUUCUUGAAGAUGUUGAAAAAAUUACACCUAGAGAUCUGCUUAGUUUUGCAUACCAAGUUGCAAGCGGAAUGGAAUAUCUAUCAAAAAUAAAUGUGGUUCAUCGAAAUCUUUCUGCAAGUAAUAUUUUAGUUGGUGCUAAGAAAAAUGUAAAAAUUUCGGAUUUUGGUUUGUCACGAAAAAUCCAAAAUGAAUCGCAAUACAUUGGCAAUAAAAUUCGUCAUGUACCAAUUAAAUGGAUGUCAAUUGAAGCACUCCUUGAUCUAGUAUUCAUGUCAUACAGUGAUGUUUGGGCGUUUGGUGUUGUUUUAUUUGAAAUCGUUACUCUUGGUGGAACACCUUAUCCAACAAUAAGUAAUCAUAAACUUCUUGGAUUUUUAAAGUCUGGUUGCAGAAUGGAUCGACCAGAAAAUUGUUCUACUAUAAUAUACAACAUCAUGCUGCACUGUUGGAGUGAAGAUCCGUUACAACGCCCAACAUUUUCAGAAUUACGAAACCAUCUUGAAGAAUUAUUAUUACAAGGCGGUUUUUAUUUCAGCUUUGAUAUUAAUGAAAAUAACGUGUAUUAUAAUGCUACCUCCUUUAACCAUCUCCCAUCUGAAACAGGCAAUGGCUCCCAUGAAGUAGAGAGAAUCCGUAAUGCUCAUAUAACCGUGUGAAGAAGUUUAUUUAUGUAUUGAUUUUCAAUCAACAUAGCGAAGGAGGAUUUAAGUAAAACCUAACUUCGGAUUAAUUAUAGCAUUUCUAUUCAAUUGGUUAUUAAUUUCUAAUCAGGUUUAUUAGUUAAAUUCGUAACCUCAGCAUGGUUUUUGAAACUCCGUUGCGCUAAUUAAACCUUAGGUUUAAUUACUUGCACUUUUUAAAGGUCUUUAGGUGCACUUUAUAAAUCUUUUAUAUACAGUCAAAUAUGCUUUUGAAUAUUCUCUAUUUUUAAAGUAGCGUGAAUUUUUUCUAUAAGAUUGAUAUUUUAAAGAUUAAAGUUGUUAAAUGGUUAUGAAGCCUUAUGAAAGUUGCUAGAAAAUAUUUCGUUAUGUCUUUAA